CUUGGUGGGAUCAUCUUGUUCAUAGCCACAGUGUCAACAUUAACGAUUGCUAUUUACGGUUAUGUGACUCCUGCGUUUCUGGGAUUAGCCUUGAACUACACUCUUCUUGUUCCCAUCUAUUUAAACUGGGUGGUACGUAACAUGGCCAGCGUUGAAAUGUACAUGUCGGCAGUGGAACGAGUGGACGGGUAUUCCCGGUUACCGACUGAGAGUUAUGGGGAAGAAGACGCAGCUGUUUCACAAGAUUGGCCAGCCAGUGGAGAAGUGACCUUUGAGAAUGUGACACUUUCUUACGAUGAUGACUUAGACCCAGUUGUAAGGAAUGUAACAUUGAAUAUCAAACCAGGAGAAAAGGUCGGGAUCUGUGGGAGAACUGGUAGCGGAAAGUCCUCCUUAGUCAUGGGUUUAUUUCGGCUUCUGAAUAUCUCGGAUGGCAAAAUCCGUAUUGAUGGUGUGAAUGUAACUGACAUUCCCUUAAGUACACUAAGAACAAAGCUUUCCAUAAUUCCACAGGAUGCUGUCAUGUUUUCAGGAACUGUGAGAGAAAAUCUUGAUCCUGGAAAUGUACAUACUGAUGAAGAACUGUGGAAAGCACUUGAAACAGCUCAGAUGAAAGACUUGGUCAUCUCUUUCUCUGAAGGUUUAGAUUCUUUGGUGUUGGAAGAAGGAGCAAACUUUAGUACUGGUCAGCGACAGCUUUUCUGUCUCGCAAGGGCAUUACUGCGACAGAGUCGGAUCAUUGUGUUAGACGAGGCCACCUCCUCUCUCGAUCGAGAAACUGAUAAGGCUCUGCAGACGGUGGUCGCUUCGUCCUGGGUUGGCUGCACUGUUCUUGCCAUUGCUCAUCGGGUCACAAGUAUUUUGGAUUUUGACAACGUGGUUGUCUUGGAAGCUGGACGUAUAGUGGAAAAAGGUUCUCCAAAAGACCUUCUUGCUAAAAGAGGAGGCACUUUUGCUUCACUUUUGCGAGCUUGUCAGCAACAGUCAUAAAAGUUCAAUGAAAAUUGAACAUAUGUAUUUUUUGUGGGUUUUUUUAUAUUAUGCUGUAACUGUUUAAUUCUAACAUUGAAUGAUAAAUAAAUAUAAAUAAAAACACCCAGUAAUAACACUAAAACUAAGUUGUAUGUAUUUUUGCAAAUGAGAGUUAUGAACAUUAUUAAUCAUAUAUAGAUUCAACUAUUAUAUUGUAAUCAUCAACAAACUACUGUUUAUUUCAAAUAUAAAUAGCAGAAAUAUUGCAAAAACUGUGCUUAAUCUUACUGUUUCCAUAACAUCGCUUCAUUUUUAAAGCACAUGAUUGUAGUUCUUCACCUUCAUUUGGCUAAGUUUUACUUGAGGGAUGAAUUUUUAUGAGUGCUUUCAGUUUACAAUGUAUCACAGUAAUAAUUGUGAGUACAUUUAGUUGUUAAAAGUUACGUACACGAUCCGUUUAUUAAAAUAUUGAUAUAUAUUGCAAACUAAGAUUUCACAAAUCUGUAAUCUAAGUUGAAAAAGGUCGAAUUUUAAGGGGUGCUGUCACACUCCUUGGAGGGGGGAUUCUCAGGAGUGCAUAAUUUCACUCACCUGCCUUUUUCAAAUAUAUAAAAGCACUGUUUAGUGUAAAUUUGCUAUAAAUAUAAUUGAAGUAAAUACAUACGUGUAUUUAUUUUAUCACGAACAUUUCAAGAACAAAAUAUUAGUUCUUAAGUUUGUUUUUGCUCUAAGAUAAUAGAAGUUGUAGUAUCAUAUCUAACUACUGGAUUUAAUCACUGAAAGCAAAACAAAAUAUCUGUAACAUUUAGAUUUGUGGAAGGAAAAUCUACUUCAAUCUUUGUUUUUAUUAUUUCCUCUUGAUGUAACACAUUGAUAUAGGGAGCUGAUGAAUUACAGUUUGGAAUUUGCUGAAUAGUAUUCCUUUUAAGUUUGAUAUUUCAAUGUUCAGAAACAAUUGAUUAAAAAUUGAGAGUUUCUGAGUAGUGU